AUGGCGGUGGCGGCGGCCGCGCUGCCCGGAGAGCUGGCCCAGGCCGUGGCCGGGGCGCGGCUGCUGGUGGUGGGCGCCGGAGGCAUCGGCUGCGAGCUCCUCAAGGACCUGGUGCUCACAGGGUUCGCCAACAUCGACGUGGUGAGGAGGCGGCGGCGGCGGGGAAGGCCCUCCGGGGAAGGGAACCAAAAGCAAAGCGGAGCCCUCCCUGGCCGUUAUCUCCCGCGGCCGGCUCUUAUUGGGUCGCCUCAGCGUCCCCCUCCCCCACCCGAGAGGGGGAGGGGCUUCGGGAUGUGACGCCAUCGCGCUUGUUUGGAUUGGGGUUUCGUUGUUGUUUUCAUUUCCAAGGCGGGACCCCCCGCGAAGUGCCGCUGCUUCAGCCUCUUGGGUAGCGGAAGGCAGGGCAGAUUCCUUCGUUCGUUGCAUUUAUAGCCCACGUUUUUCUCCAGGCAGCUCAAUGUGGCUUCCAUGGUUAUCCCCCUCCUCAUUUAACCCCCACAGCAACCCUGCGAGGUAGGCUAAGCUUAGAGUGGUACUGGCUGGCCCAAGGUCACCAAGGGAGCUUCAUGAUGGCCAAUCAGGCCCUGGUCCGACACUAACCCAGUGUUUCUCAAAUUUGGGUCUCCAGCUAUUGUUGGGACUACAACUCCCAUCAUCUCUAGCUAGCAGGACCACUGGUCAGGGAUGUUGGGAGUUGUAGCUCAACAAAACCCGAGGACCCAAGUUUAAGAAACACUGCUCUGACCACUGCAUGUUGCUACAGAUUAGGGAUUCUAAUAGCUUCCUCUGUGAUGAGUGAGGCUUUGUUGAUGUGCUGUAGUUCCAGAUCCACCAAUGGUUGUGACUUGGAAUAAGCUAGCUUCCUAGGAGCAGUCUAUUGCUGAGUGAUCAGUUGCUACAGACACAGUGCAGAGUGUAUGUGGUUGUUUAUGUUCUGCUUGUGGGUUUUUGAGGGGCACCUGAUGGGCUAUUUUUUGUAGACAUAAUGUUUGCCAGAAUGAGCCUUUGAUCAAGCAGUCUUUAUAGAUGUUCAGGCUUGGCAGAUGCUGUUCUUGUGCUGACACAGAGUACCAGAUUGUUAGAUAAAAUAAUGCCGUCUUUGUGAGCUCCAGAACCAUCAUCAUUAAUAAUAAUGAUAGUAAUUAUUAAUAUUUAUUAAAUUUGUAUACCACCCUUCAACCAUAGAUCACAGGGCAGUUUACACAAUCUGGCUGGCUGCUUCUAGGAACAGGAUGCUAGACUUAGAUGGGCUCUUGGUUUGAUCCACGAAUAUCAAACCCAAUUUAUCUGUUACAUUUGUAUCUCCUCCUUCCUUCAGUGUGGCAUGUAUGGCUCUGUGUUCCUAUCUUAUUCUCCCACCAGCCCUGUGAGGUAGGCUAAGCUGAGAGAUGGCAACUGGCCCACACUCAGCCAUUCAUGGCUAAGUGGAGAUUUGAAUCACUUAGAUUUGAACUUAGUCCUUAUCCAACACUCACCAUUCUACUGAAUUGGUAGUUAUAAAGGUUUGUAAAGAUUCAUGGUGAUAAACACGGUGGGGAAGUCUUUUUGCAGCUAUUGACUGAUAGUGAAGAAUGAAUUCAGUAGAGUCAAUAUACCUUCUAGCAGAUGUCAGGUUCAAACAAAUGGGGGGUAACCUUCAGUUAUUAUUGUCAUCUUCCCAGAGGCCUUUGUCUGGGUGCUGCUAAAAAGUUGAUGGAUUUAAGAGUCUGUCCAGCAAGGUAUUUGUUGUGUGUAUUUUAAGUCCAGCCUAUCAGCUGCUGGAGCGUGAGCGCUUAAUGUCCCUGCCCCCAGCACAUAGCUCAUCCCAUCAUAAAAUAUGAAAAUGCAUUAGGAUCUGUGCCUUGAAUCCAUGUCGGUGGUGCUGGCAAGCAGUCGUUUUGUCAUUUUUAGUGUGCAGUCUACUGAUAACAGCUUUAAUACUAGGGAUGUUUGAGGGGAGGUAAAACCAUUCAAAUUCAACAAGUUCCAUUUUAAUUCUGCUGGAUCACACAUUAGUCAUGCCCCUUGGAAAAGCAAAGAGAGGGAGAGAGGAGUGGGAGGAGACUAGCCACUGGUAGGGUGAGAGGAAAGGAAUUGGGAGAGAAGCAACUGGAGAAGGUGGUGCCUGUGGCAUUCAUUCAGAAAAUCCAAUUGUACACAUACACACUUAAGAUCCAAAAAGGUUGGGGAUCUCUGCUUUUGUAAUUUCAUGGUUGAAUUUUCCAGUCACAUUUUCAAUAGAGUUAUCACUCUUCUGUAGUCAGAAUAGACCAGAGUACGUGGAUCAGCAUUGCCCACUAGAUCAGAUUGUCAUGUCAGAACUUGACUAAUUUCAUUUUAUGAUGCAAAUAGAACCAGUUAGGUUGCUAGUUGAUUAUUCCAUGGUAAAGUCUAGGAAAUCAAAUGCACUAUUAAGCCACACUGCAUUUUUUCAGAACUGAGGACAAGAAGUAUGGCAGAAAUGUUGCUUCUGGUUUCAAAAUCAUUGCUGCCAUGUUUCUUUUAACUUUUUUACAUCCUCUUGACUACCGUAAAACAGACAGUGGAACUCUAUUUUAGAAUACAGUACACCACUUUGGAAUUCAAGAAUGGGGUAGUAUGGCUAGGCUAGUUCUGUUUUCUGUGAUGUGCUGUAAGCUCAGUAUUUGUCAAUGAAUUAUAUGCUGGAAAAACCUGUAGAUGUACUGCCCAUCCUCCAUUUGUAGUUUGAAGUGUUAUAGUCCUAGAAAAAAAACUUGAUAAAAUUCUAUUUCUACUGGUUUUAAUUAGCCUAUAGCUGUAGAUCAAAUGGGGGCAGCACAUUUUUUAAAGACACUGAUUUCUGAUAAAGGCAAGGUACAGUUUUGUUAAUCGGAACAAAUAUGAAGUGUUUGUAAUUAAUCUAUUUCUAGAUUGAUCUGGAUACUAUUGAUGUCAGCAAUCUCAACAGGCAAUUCUUGUUUCAGAAGAAGCAUGUUGGAAGAUCAAAAGCUCAGGUAAGAAGAAUUUCAAAGUGCAGCUUUCACAAUUUAAUUCAGUAUUGUUUUUGAUACAACUUUAGAAGAAUACCUUUUAGGCAUCUGCUAGAAUUAAAUUUCAUGUGAUAACUUCAAGAAGUUCACCUUGACUAUAAUGUUUACUUUAUGAUAUGUUCCUUUAUAUAUUUAAUAUGUUUGUAUCAUAAUAGGCCAUGAAACAGAAUUAUCUUCAAAGCUCAGAAGAUAAUUGGGUGCUUGAACAUUUUUGUAAAAAAUUAAUAAGGCUAUUUCUAACUCAUAGGAGGAGGUUUAAGAUGACUAGAUUAGUAAAAAUUAUCUGUAUGUGUUCUUGUUGUCUUGCAGGUUGCCAAGGAAAGUGUGUUAAGGUUUCAUCCUGGAGCUAACAUUAUAGCUUAUCAUGACAGCGUAAUGAAGUAUGUCUGAUUCUUCUUACAUUUGGAAUUUGUAUCUGCUUUGUGAAAAAAAGCCCAUAAAAAGUGACAUAUACCCCAAACAAUUAUUAGCUAUGGGUGUCCACACUGUUAGUCAUUAGUGGAAAUGUCACAGGCAAUUUUGUUUUGGGUGGGGAAUAGAUAAGAAAAAAGCAAACUAUUUCCAUUUGGGUCCUAGGCAGAUCUUGCAUACAUCAAAAGUUUACAGAAAUGACACAAUACCCUGUCAAUGAGCCAUCAAUGCAGUAAUAAAACAAUUACUUUUAUUUUGCCCCAAACUAUUUUUUUCUCCAUGGACGCAGAAAAUGGCUGUUUUAAAAGUUUUACUUGUUUUAUUUGUGCUGUGUGAUGGUUGGUGUAACUAGUGCAACCAGAAAAUAUUGUGAUGUGCUGUUUGGCAGAUGUUGUAUUCAUGUGGUCAUAUACACCUGUCACGUCAAUAUCAACAGGCAUUUAUUUACUGACCCCCUAAACUGGAUCUUGUCUUCUUUUUCUGCAGCCCUGACUAUAAUGUGGAAUUUUUUCGUCAGUUUACCCUAGUUAUGAAUGCCUUGGAUAAUAGAGGUAUGGUUUAUCUUUGCUAUAAUGUGAGACAACUGAGACCUGGAGUUUUGAAAUGUCUUUGUUCUGACAUGAAUGUGCUUGAAAACUGAGAGACUGUGCAAGGCUGGAUUCCUAAUUGUCUAUUGGGAGUAUUGGGACAAGUGGUAUCUUUACAAACUGUACUUUUUAAUGCAAUCUGAGAAGUCCUAUCAAAAAUGCUACGUAUGUUCUCCCUGCUGUACAGUGAGGUUGCAGUAUUGAACAUAUCUUAUUUGGGUUACCUGAGGAGGAGGAGGGGAUAAGAAAGUUUGCAUUUGAAAAUCAGUGACUCUUCUUCUGUUUACAGCUGCCCGUAACCAUGUGAACAGGAUGUGUCUGGCAGCUGAUGUCCCCCUCAUAGAGAGUGGAACUGCAGGCUACCUUGGACAAGUAACAGUUAUCAAAAAGGUGUGGCAAUGAUACUGUGUUUUCGUAUGCUGUAGUAUUAUGAUCCCUUAAGUGUGGUUUUCAACUAACAAUGGAAACAUGAUUGAAAAAUUAUUUUCUACCUUUCCCCCUCUGUAGGGAGUGACGGAAUGUUAUGAAUGUCAGCCCAAACCAACCCAGAAGACCUUUCCAGGUUGUACUAUUCGCAACACUCCUUCUGAACCAAUCCACUGCAUUGUGUGGGCAAAGUAUUUGUUCAAGUAAGCUAAUUUUUUAAACCAUAAAGUUCUUCAGUGAUCUGAUUUGUGAGCACCAGGGGAAACUGGCUAGAUCCAGCUUUUCUGUACCUGAUACACUGUCGUGGUUGUUUUGCAAAGUGUAGAAGAGUCAUGAAUUUGAUGGCCUUGUGUGUCUGGCAGAUUACUUAGGUGCUACGAUGCAGCUACGGGAAAUCUAGAACAUCAGGCUGGGCUGGUCUGUUGUGUGUAGGUUGCCUUGAGUGCUUGUUCCUAUAAAAAGAUAUCUAAUAUGUUUUGAUAAUCCAUAGAGAUCACUCCUUCCUAUACAAGUGCCAACAGGAUUGUAGCAAAAAUGGAUUCCUUAAGAAACAAGAUGGGAGUUGUCAGCAUGUUUAGAGGGAACCUCAGCAUUAUGCAGAAGUACAAUAUAACUUUGAAAAAGAAAACUGAAAUGUAAAAACUUGGGAAAAGCAGCCCAGCGAGUACUGAGCAUGCUCAGUAGCUUUAGAAUAGUAGCAGUUGAAAAAGAAAUAUGAAAUGCAGGAGGGAGUGGCAUGCUCUCCUUUGAAGAGAGUUUGAGUACAGAGUUUUAUUGCAGUUCCUAUUUGUCAGGGCUAGUUACCUUCUCAAUUUUGUGUGAAUGGUUUGGAUGUGAAACAUCUCUGAGCUCUGUUGCAGUAUAAAUUGACUUUUUCCUUAGUGUUGGUUUUUUAAAAUUACACCCCCCUUUCCUUGUGUCUUAAAGCAGUUUGCAAAGAAAAAAAAUAAAGCAUGCUAUUUGGAGGAGCAACUUAAUGGCUAAAACCAAACCUUUAUGUUAACAGCUGGACAUAGCACUACCAUAAAUAACUUGCUUUCAAGAUUAUUCAAGCAAAGACAUUUCAGUCUCUAACCACCAUUUGUGUUUUAAAAUGUAGUCAGCUGUUUGGAGAAGAAGAUGCUGAUCAAGAAGUGUCUCCUGACAGAGCUGAUCCUGAAGCUGCUUGUAAGUUGUUUUUUUUAAAAAGACAAUUUUGUGCUUCUUUUGGGGAGUCCUUCUAUCAGCUGUGCAACUUCUGUUUGGGUAUCAGUUGCCACAGAAUAAUAUUUUCCUUGAUCCUCAGCUGCAGAGUUGCAUAGUUCUGUGUAUAUGCUGCGUAUAGGAGAACCAUCAGUAGUUGGUUAAUAUUUACUCUUAAAUAACCAACAUUAGUAUAGCUUUGAAUCCUGGUUCAUUAAUUGAGCCAUAACUUUCUGAAUAUUUCAGGUAACAUUCUGGUUCUUUAAUAGACUAGUUUGUUGAAAAAGUAGAAGAAACCUCCUGACUAGGUUUCCCUCUUUUGGUAAAAUUGUAUCUGUGCCAGGUGAGUGAUCUUGAUAGCAAAUAGAAAAUGUCAUCUUAUCGACAGGGGAGCCAGCAGAAGCUGAGGCCAGAGCAAGAGCAUCUAAUGAAGAUGGUGAUAUUAAACGUGUUUCAACCAAGGAAUGGGCUAAAUCAACAGGAUAUGAUUCGGUUAAACUCUUCACUAAGGUAUUUGUCUUAAGUCAGUGGCAUUUGCAGACAUUUCUUUUUAUGCCACUGUUAAGCGGGGGCAGACAUGUUGUAAGAUCUGCUUUACACUUGCAUCUGCUUUUCAUCAACUGUUCACAUUAGGCAAGCAUUGACUGUGUGGAUAUUUCAGUGCCUGGCUAUUUGUUUACUCGGGAUUUCAACUUGCUGGUUUUCAUAGAAUUGUAGAGUUGGAAGGGACCCAAAGGGCCAUCUAGUCCAACCCCCUGCAAUGAAGGAUCAUAGUCCGGUUGUAUGCUUUUAAUGGUGUACAUGGCUUGGAUAUUUUUAUUUGAAGUGGUAUAUAAACUUGACUAAAAAAUAAAAUAAAUACAGCAAGGUGCAUUUGGAUUUUUCAGCCCGAAUCCUCUUCCUGUGCAAAUGGCAGAGCGCUAAAACUCAGGACACUGUAGGGUCAGUCGUGACCAGCAACACACCUAUCCUCCUCUUGUCCCUGUUGUCUUUCAUUUGGGUUAGAGAUAAUGGCUAAAUUAGUGAUGGGCUGUAUAAGGAAUGGGAAGGUUGUCAGAAAAUAAAAAGGACACAAGUAAUUGGUCAAGGGUCUAUAUAAUAGCAAACUUUGUGCCCUCCAGAUGUUUUAGACUGGCCAUUGGUCAGCAGUGAUAAGAGUUCUGGUCUGCAACAUUUGAAGGGUGCCAGGUUAGCUACUCCUGUUCUGUAUCAUCAUGAGAUACCAGCUAAUAAAAGGAGUUGAGUAACAAAAGCUUGCUGCAGACUGGAAGGAGAGGGACACUGGCAUGCAAUUCCUUCUCUGGUACUGAUAUACAAGGCUGGAUUAAUUAAAUCUUUCGAAUUUACAAACAGAGCAGAGUACGUCUGCAACUUUGUUCUGAAAAGUGUGAAUGUUACUUUGCUAAGUUUACUUCUGGGCAAACAUGUGCAAGAUUUCACUCUGCAGCUUCAAAUAUGUUUCCAAGAGUUUGGUUGCCAGAAUUAAGCAUGUUUCAAUAAACCCAGAUAUCGUACUGGCCAUGUUUCCCCAACCUGCAUUUUCCUCACAGUCUAAUUGUGUUGCACUUCAGUAAGCAGAGCCCCUAGAAUGAAUCCUGUAGUGAGAACAUAUUGAUCACAAGACUAUUGAUAUUUGUAUAAAACAAAUAUCCUCUCAUACAAAUACGGGCUCUUGGUGCCUAGAUGAAUAUGCACUGGUGUUCAAUAUUAAAUGUUAGUAGAUCUGAAAUGUACUCUUGAAAGCACAUCAGUUGAUAGUAGGCUUCUCUUUUAAAUCUUAUUUUCUAGCUUUUCAAAGAUGACAUCAGAUAUCUGCUAACAAUGGAUAAGCUCUGGAGGAAAAGGAAACCUCCAGUUCCUCUAGACUGGAAUGAAAUACAAAAUCAGGGUAAGCAUAUUAUUAUUUGCCUUUCUUUGAUACUUAACAGUUGGACUGUCUACUUUUAAGGUAAACUAUCAAUUUUAUUACUGAACUGCUGCAGAGCUGUUGCAGGUGCUUAGUUUUGGUGUUGGGAUGUGGUUCCUGAAUCCGCCCUAUUUAAAGAAUAGUUUGGAGUGUGAUAGCAGCUGGGAUAAGAUAUUGAUCAAUGAAGACAUCUGAGUUUAUAGUGUGCAUCAAAGCUCGCCAAUGGGGUGCUCUCCAGAUUCUGCUAGACUCUUAGCAUGGCUAGUGGUCAGGGAUGAUGGGAGUUGUAGUUCAACAGCAUCUGGAGGGGACCAUAUGGCUACCUCUGAGGUACUGCAGCUGCACUUCCAAAUUUCCUCAGACAUUAUGCUUUUCACAUAUUCACUACAAAUCCUUGUGAUGAAAAAUCCAGUAAAUCAGCCAUUUGUGCUAUUGAAUUAGCUUCAGACUUAUAUUGGUAGCAGUGGAAGCAUUUGCUGACUCCUUAAAGACGUGUGUAUAGAUGGGAAAACAAAACAAGUUGAAUUUGAAGAAGGUUUUAACAAGCAAGUUUCUCGCUUCCUUUCCUUUAAAGAAAACAGUGCAUCUGAUCAACAGAAUGAACCUUCCUUGGGCUUGAAAGACCAACAGGUUCUGGAUGUCAAGAGCUACGCACGUCUGUUUUCUAAGAGCAUAGAGACUCUGAGAGCUCAACUAGCGGAAAAAGGUGAUGGAGCUGAACUUAUAUGGGACAAGGUUAGUUCAGCAAACGUUUGGGGAUGUGUUGCAUGCAGACGAGUAAAAAUGUUUGGAUUCUAGCACAGCACUAAUAGUAGAUAUGCCUAGCACACUAGGGGUUAGCGUUCUCACAAUAUCUUCUCUACAAAAAAAUGGCUGUCUUUGAGCCUUGUAAAUGACAUUAGACUGUUGAACAGAUAUGUACCCUCUGUUGGGCUUUGCAAAUUGUCAAUUUUAGAUGCGGCCUCUGUUGGCUAUAAAUGCAGAGGGAACAAUCCACUGAGCAGGUCUCAAGCAGAAGCCCUAUAGAAACAAACUGCAGUUCUCCAUUCUUGUUUGAUGAAAAAAGUGGCCUCAUGGGAAGUGACAUCUGGAGCACGGAGGAGGGUCCCCUUGAAUUCAGUGCAGCUCAAGCGAGAGAACUUUCCAAUUUCCUUUCCAAACUAUUAGAAGCAGAACAGAAUAAAAAGCUACACUAAAAGUGAUAAAGCUGCCUAAGGGAAAAUGUCAGCAGAUAAAAUUUGUUUGUUUAUAUACCACUAAUUCGUUUUUAAAAAUCAAAACAGUUCACAACAACUACAUAAAACCAAACAAUAAUAUUGUAUACAAAAGUUAAAAUCAGAAAUCGGAUAACUAAAAUUAGUCUGUUUAUUUAGAAAACUUGGGCAAAUAAAAAGCUCUUAACAUAGCACCUAAACCUUAAUAGAGAAGAUGCCAGGUGGACCUCUCUAAGGAUGACAAGACCCUCUCCCCUGUUAACACUUGCCUUGUUUCCAAAAAUCCUUCUGAAAAAUGAUCUUUGUGCUGAGAUUCAUUUGGGAGCAGGCAGUUUAUAUGGGAUACUGUGAAGGGCUUUAAAGGAGAAGACUUUCACUUUGAAUUGGACCUAGAAACUAUGUACCUUAUGGAUGAAUGUACCUCUCUCCAAAACUUUAUUUUAACAAUGAGUGGUGUAGGGCACAAUAAAAAAUGGGGAGUAUAAGUGAUACUUCAUAGAUGAAGAGAGAUUCUGUUUAAAGAUGUUUUUAUAUAUAUAUAAUAAUGAACUAUCUUUAGAAACUUAUCUGUUCCCAUGGUUCUUAUUGGAAAAGCAGUAUAAUCAAACUAUAUCUCAAAGGCUCAUUGCUGUGAUUGAACUACUUGAUUUUUACAUUCUUGGGGGAUUAGUAUCUCACCACUUCAAGGGAUGGAAAUGCUGGACUCAUGGCUCAGCUGUCAGUGUGGCCACAAAAUAAAAGUUAGUCAUAUUAAGUUGCAUUACAGAACUGUUACUUGGUACUUAUAGCAAUUUUAACAAUUAGAAGGGUAUGUUUUAUGAGUAAUGUGUUAAAAGAGUUUGAGUUCAAGCUUAUUUUAUACAGUUAUUUUUUUCAAGUUCCAGAAAUGCCUCUGUUCACUCUAAAAUGAUCAGUAUUUUCUAUUUUACUUCAAAAUGACUAUUUAACAGGAUGAUCCUUCUGCAAUGGACUUUGUUACUUCUGCUGCGAACCUCAGAAUGCAUAUCUUUAGUAUGAACAUGAAGAGCAGAUUUGAUAUCAAAUGUAAGUGAAAAGCUUAUAUUUAUUUUCUUGAAGGAUUUUCUCUGUCCUUGUUUUAAUAUGCUACAUAAACUCCUUAUUUCUGCUUCUUCCACAGCAAUGGCAGGAAACAUCAUUCCUGCAAUAGCUACCACUAAUGCCAUAAUAGCUGGUCUGAUUGUGCUGGAGGGUUUAAAGAUUCUCUCAGGAAAAAUAGAGCAGUGCAGAGCAGUAAGUGUGGUGUUGAUUUCCUCUCUCUUCUCUUUUGAUUGUUCAUGCUGGAUAAUUGAUUCCCUUUUUUCUUAUCUUCUGAAGAUCUUCCUUAAUAAACAACCAAACCCAAGGAAGAAGCUACUUGUCCCCUGCGCUUUGGACCCUCCUAAUCCCAAUUGCUAUGUGUGUGCAAGUAAGCCAGAGGUGACAGUGAAACUUGAUGUCAACAAAGUCACAGUUUUGACGCUACAAGAUAAGGUGAAUGAGCCUCUCCCUUCAUCCACCUCUUAGGUUUUUCAGUUUAAGCACUGUUCCUAAAUCGCUAAUCUGCAGAAUCUGUUCUGCACCUUAGGCCUUAAAACACAGGUAGGGAACCCCAGGCCCAGGGGCCACAUGCGGCCCUCCAAACCUCUCUGCCUGGCCCUUGGAACUCUCCUCAAGCAUUGCCUCUCACUCAUCCUGUUUCACACCCACCCUCAGGGUUUCUUCGUAGCUGGAUUUUCCCCCUGCACUCUGAUGCUGCUUUUUGUUUGACUAAAUGGAGGAUAGAGAGGUAAGUGUGGGUGUGUCCUGUACAAAGGUCACAUUUACAUUCCUUGCUCCACCCCCUUUUUUUCUCUGGCCCCACUCACCACUGGCACAUGUCCAGAAAGGGUUUGUGACCCUAAGGCUGAAGAAAGCGGGAGGUUCCCACACCCUAGUCAACACACACAGAGAUGGGGCUUGAGAUUUAACAGAUAUCAACUGGCCAGAAAUGGUAAGCCAGACCAGAAAGACACGGACUGAAAAUAGGUUGGGUUGCAUACCAACAUUACAGAUGCAAGGCGAAUUUUGUGGCUGGUGCGCAUCCCUAGUAGAAAGUGUUGUUUUGAUCAUGUAUAAGAAGGGGGUUGGGUGUAAGUCUUGGAAAAGGAUUAUUGUUUCAGAGUCUUGCUUAUAGAUUUUUCCCUCCCUUGCAUUCUUUCAGAUAGUGAAAGAAAAAUUCAAUAUGGUAGCACCUGAUGUCCAGAUAGAAGAUGGAAAGGGGACUAUUCUGAUAUCCUCCGAAGAAGGAGAAACUGAAGGUAUGAAAUGAAAGUGAAACUGGUGUGGUCAAAAGUCAGCCUGACAUUUAAGGAAGCUCCACACUGUAUGUCCUUUGCACUGCAGCAAACACACAAUGUGCAACACUGUGUAGCCUUGUGUCUGCCUCUGGGUGCUCUGAGCCAGGUGACCCAUAGAUGUGGAUAUUAUCCAAGCUGUAGUUGGACCCUCAUUACUACAGUUCUCAGAUUUGGAGGAUUUUGUUUGGGUUAUACAAUGCAAUCCUGGCUGCAGUCAUGUACUAUUAGGGGUCCGGCAACAGGUACUAGCAAUCAAACCAGGAACGGAGAUAUCAUCAAGCCACUGGAAAUGAUCCCAUAGCCCAGCCUCCCAAGUCCGUUGCAGGUUUUCUUAAGUGUAGCUUCUGGCUUUGAAGUGUGCAGCCUUCCAUAUUUCUGGCAAAGAAAAGAGUAUACGUGAUGUAUAAAAUUUUAACAUAGAUCAAUAGGUAUUAGCAGCCUUACUUUGCUUACUUUUCCUUUGCUUUUGAGUGUUUUGAGUUAAGAAAAGCCUUGGAGGCGACUGAUGUUUCUCCAGAGUACCUGAUGCUGCUUUUCUCCGGUUUUCCCCAUGUCCCCCUCAGCAAAUAACCACAGGAAGUUGUCAGACUUUGGGAUCCGAAAUGGUAGUCGGCUGCAAGCAGAUGACUUUCUGCAGGACUAUACCCUGCUGAUCAACGUACUGCACAGGUGAAGGCCAUUGAUUUCCUAGAGCUAUCAGAACCAGAAACUGCAACUCUGCCAAAAGAACCUUCAGAUUAAAUAAGUGAUAUAAGUCUUGCUAAUACAGAGACCAGCUCUGCAUUUGUGAAAAACACAAAAUUGAGAGCCAGUAGCGUUCUCUAAUAUGCAAGAAUAACUCCCAGGCCCUCCCCAUUGGCACAGCAUCCAUAACUGCCUUUGAGUGUACUGUGGUGCUUAGGCAAGCAAGGGUUGAAAAAGCCAACACCUCGGGUUGAAUAAGCCAUUUCACAAACUGCCUCUUAUUUGACCAUCAUAGUGUUUUGGCUCAUUUGACCAUCAUCUGAGUGUUUUUUUCUGCAUUUUUUUUUUUUAAUCAGCGAGGAGCUUGGGAAAGAUGUGGAGUUUGAAGUUGUUGGUGAUGAAGUUGUUGGUCCCAAGCCAUCGGAACAGCCAGUCACUAAGAAUAUCACCAAUGGAAGUGAUGAUGGGGCACAGCCCUCAACAUCCACAGGUAAAGACUGGCAGUGGGAGGGAACUGUAUCGACAUACCUACAACUGCUUGGAGAAAUUAGCAGCCCCUUGAAAUUCUAGGACGCAAGAUAAACCUUUAUAAAGCCUUCCAAAUUUUCCUGGAUCUUGAAAAUUCACUUAAGCCCCCAGAAGGGCCUGUUUGUUCACAAUUUUUGCUUUAGCUUUUGCACAUCCAAUCAAUAUAUCUUAACUCACUGAGGGACCAUGCAUUUUAUGGAUUGAGCUGGUCCAUUAUUUUCUAAGAUGGCAAUUUGCCAUCACUCUCAGUAUCAUUUAUUGUCUUGAAUAUUUGAAAACAGUCAUGUGCCUCAUUUUAGGUACAAGUGUGGAACAUUUAGCCUAUUUAUGUUAAGCCUAUAUUUAAAACAACAGCGCUAGGCUGCAAUGCAGUGACUCUCUUCUUUUCCAGCUCAAGAGGAAGAUGAUGAUGUACUGAUAGUUGAGACUGAGGAAGGUUCUUCAAGCAAUGCUGAUGACACAGAAAGCAAGAGCCGGAAAAGGAAGCUGGAUGAGAAGGAAUACACUGGCACCAAACGGCUGCGCUCAGAACAAUUGGCUGAAGAGCAGGAUGAUGUGAUAGCACUAGACUGA